GGGAGCCGGGGCGUGUGGCUCGGCGGGUAGAGGGAGGUUGGGGCGCGCCCGCCGGCAGCCGGGAGGCCCCGCCGCAGGAGAAGCUUAGACUAGCAUAAAUCUUCAUAGACAACUUGGCUGCAAGCAGUUAAACUGAAAUUGACUUCUGCCUUCUGGCUGCAGAGUGCUAGUCUGACGUUCCUGCCUGAUACUGUGCAGACUAAAUCAUGCCAGCAUUAUCAACUGGAUCUGGAAGUGACACAGGUCUGUAUGAGCUGCUGGCUGCAUUGCCAGCCCAGCUGCAGCCACAUGUGGACAGCCAGGAAGACCUGACCUUCCUCUGGGAUCUGUUUGGUGAAAAAAGCCUUCAUUCACUGUUGAAGAUUCACGAAAAACUGCAUUAUUAUGAAAAACAGAACCCAGUGCCCAUACUCCAUGGUGCAGCAGCCUUGGCAGAUGAUCUGGCUGAGGAGCUGCAGAGCAAGCCACUGAGCAGCGAGGUGAGGGAACUGUUGAAACUCCUCUCAAAACCCAGUCUCAAGGCUUUGCUCUCUGUACAUGACACUGUUGCUCAGAAGAGCUACGAUCCUGUCUUGCCCCCCAUGCCUGAUGAUAUUGAUGAGGAAGAAGACUCAGUUAAAAUAAUCAGGCUCGUCAAAAACAGGGAACCACUAGGAGCUACAAUUAAAAGGGAUGAACAUACUGGUGCAAUUGUGGUGGCCAGGAUAAUGCGUGGAGGAGCUGCAGAUAGAAGUGGUCUUAUUCACGUUGGUGAUGAACUGAGGGAAGUCAAUGGGAUUCCUGUAGAUGAUAAAAAACCAGAAGAAAUAAUACACAUUUUGGCUCAGUCUCAAGGAGCAAUUACGUUUAAAAUCAUACCUAGUGUGAAAGAAGAAAUGCCAGUCAAGGAAGGCAAGAUGUUUAUCAGAGCCCUAUUUGAUUAUGAUCCGAAUGAGGAUAAAGCAAUUCCUUGUAAAGAAGCUGGACUUGCUUUCAGAAAAGGAGAUAUCCUUCAGAUCAUGAGCCAAGAUGAUGCAACCUGGUGGCAGGCCAGACACGAAGGUGAUGCCAAUCCCAGAGCAGGCUUGAUCCCUUCAAAGCAUUUCCAGGAGAGGAGAUUUGCACUAAGAAGACCAGAAGUGCAGAUUCAGCCAUUGAAAAUUUCCAACAGAAAAUCAUCUGGUUUUAGAAGAAGCUUUCGUCUUAGCAGAAAAGAUAAAAAAACAAACAAAUCUAUGUAUGAGUGCAAGAAGAGUGAUCAGUAUGAUACUGCAGAUAUCCCAACAUACGAAGAAGUUGCAAAAUAUAGACGGCAACCCAAUGAAAAAUACAGGCUUGUAGUUUUGGUUGGUCCUGUGGGGGUUGGACUGAAUGAGCUUAAACGGAAAUUGCUGAUCAGUGACACCCAGCAUUACGGGGUAACGGUGCCACACACAACCCGACCGAGGAGAAGCCAAGAAAGUGACGGUGUUGAAUACAUUUUCAUUUCCAAGCACUUGUUUGAGACAGACGUGCAGAAUAACAAGUUUAUUGAGUACGGCGAGUAUAAGAACAACUACUAUGGUACAAGUUUAGACUCUGUUCGAUCUGUACUAGCUAAAAACAAAGUUUGUUUGUUGGAUGUGCAGCCACAUACAGUGAAACACUUACGGACAUAUGAAUUCAAACCAUUUGUUAUAUUCAUAAAGCCUCCAGCACUCGACCGUUUGAGAGAGACCAGAAAAAAUGCCAAGAUUAUUUCAAGUAAAGAUGAUAAGGGAACUGCAAAACCCUUUACAGAAGAAGAUUUUCAAGAAAUGAUUAAAUCUGCCCACGUGAUGGAGAGCCAGUACGGGCACCUUUUCGAUAAGGUGAUUGUCAACGAUGACCUCGCAACAGCUUACACUGAGCUUAAAACAACUUUUGACAGGUUGGAGACUGAGACCUUCUGGGUUCCUGUCAGCUGGCUGCAUUCAUAAUGCUUUACAUGGACAAAACAUCUGCUGUUGUCUCAGAAUCUAAAUAUGGGACAUGGUUAGGCAUUGCUUGAUGACCAUUUUCUUGGUAGGCUUUCUAACUCCACCUGAGCAGCAGGUACAUGCACUUGGAACUGGUCUUGUUUUCCUCUCUUCAAUCCUCCUGCCCACAGUUUUGGAUUGAACAGUCAGAUUAAACCAAAGUCUUACUGUACUCCAUAAAGGGAGCUAGUACUGGUGUAACAAAACUGCCAAACACCUCUAUCAUUACCUGUGUAUUUCCAAGACAAGCUUUUUUUUAAUGGAGAUUUUGCAGAAAAUAUUAAUUAAUACUGGAUAUCAUUGCUUUGGGUUUUUUAAGUAUAACUGUUCCCAUAAUGAGCACAUCAGCACUUGGAAAUUAUUACUCUUUAAGUACUUGAGAGAACUGAAACAGGCAAAAGUGACCAACAUUUUUAUGAGGAAGACAUCAUAGUUUUAAUGAUGUAUUAAGAUCAGUGUUUUUACUUUUCUAGAUGUAAACCUUGUCUUACAUGUACAGAAUUAUUUUAGUAUUCCUUUUCACUUUCAUAGUCAUGGAAAGAAAGAUGUAUUCAGUGUCUUAAUUGUGAAAUACAAUGCUGUGAGCAUGCAUGGAUUAAAAAUAUUUUCGUGCAUGCUUUGUGGCACAUCAGAGAAAACUCAUGGGACUGUUUAUUUAAAUAGGGAAAAAUAUUAGUUACUAUGUAUAUAACUUCAAAGUCUUUGGGAUUAAUCUUCUGGAAAAUAUUGCAAAUUGCUAUGAAUAGCAACUAAGUAAAAAGUAAUAUUGUUUUUUUUUCUUUAGAACUUUUAGAAUCCUUUAGAACAGUUUUUCCAUCAGAAUUUAAAAAAAAAAAAUUAGUGAGGAAAUCUUGGAGAUCUGGGAAGCAGUUGCAGGAGAUUAAUUCUUUUUGUUGUUUAAUAUGUAGUGAUACUUCUUAAUAGUAUAACAGUUAUUUUGUCUCCUCUCAAAAACAAGUUAAUGCUCUAGACUUCACUGUAAAAAUACCCUUGUCACUGGUCAGGCACAAUUGGAAACCUCACUUUAAAAUUUGAUGUGGCAGUGCGAGCAAAUGUAUAUUAGAUUAUGUAUUUUUAAUAGAGGUAAUUUGGUAUUUUUCUUUAUUUACUACUGAUAUGCAGGAAAUGAGCACAUCUGUAAAGACCAAGUAACACCUGUGUGUUGUAUUGUGACUGUGUCUUGUAAGUACGGAAUGUGUAUAGGAACUUGCUGACUUCAGGUCAUCACAUCUGUGGCAUUCAAACAGGAAACCAUUACUUCAUGUUAAUCUGUAAAGAGAAUAUAGCUGUCUUGUUUAAAGUAAAAAAAGAAUUUAGUGAAACUUUAUAUAUUUAUGAAAGGGUUGGAAAGGGAUGUUAAGUUUUUAAAUUUCUUGUCAAUGUGAUCGUUUACUAAGGAGAUUACUAUGUCUGUAAUUUGAAACACUGUCUCUGUAAAUGGAGCUCAACAUUCCAUGUAAAUAUUUUAUUUCAGUUCAUAUGCUGAUAAAGCCAUCAGAUUUUGCAGUUUUAUUCUAAAUGUGUAUUUAAUAUGUGGGUCAUUGCAUUUGGCUUAGAGUUGUAUAAGGUAAAUGAAAUACAAGCAACAACAGCAAAAUCCCUAGGAGUCUGGAAAUGUUUAUGCAAGGGUUACAGAUGUACUGAAUCCCAGCACAGAUACACACUCCACUUGAACAGCUGUAACGUAACUUUUGUCAGAUUUCAUCAUUUUCCUGGUGAAAGUACACUUUUUUUUGUAACAUAACUAGAAAUGUGUUGAUUAAAUUAAUUGCAUGGAGAUUAUGAGAGCUGACAAAAUAUUUUCUAUUUUUUUUAAUUAUGGAAAAUCAAACCUAUUUUCAGAGGAGCUGGAAUUCAUUGGGUCUGUCUGCUUUUGCCUGUGAGACCCCGAGUGCCCUCAUCAUCUCUUGCAAACAAACCCAAACUGGGAGGGCACUUGGCAUCUCUCAGCAUCUGGCUGUUUCCAACAAAAGGGAAUUUGUCAUUCCUGAAGCACACCAUACAGCUUCUUACCUGGGUUCUCUCAGAGCAUUGGUGUACAGUAACUCUCAAAUGAGGGACCUUCUUUUCUCUUUAAGAAAUAGAUGCUGGAGUAGUGGGCAAACUCCCUGUUAGAAACAGGUCUGGCUCUCCUGCAGGCUGUUUUCCUUGUCUUUUUGAAAUUAAUUGAACUCCCAUUUCUGGGUCUCUGUGGUCUAGGAGGACCUUCUACAACAGGUUUCUGUGCUGGGCAGCAGUAAGCAGCACGGUGCUUUUCUGCAUUUACAGACACUGAUCCUCUGAUCCUCGGCACAGUCCUGGCAGGAGUUUCCUAGACUGAUGGCUGCCUGCCCCGUCUCCAAGCCAGGAGCUAAUUCCUGAAUUGUAACACCUGCAAAAGAAAAGGAAUCACAAAAACAUAAAUCCAACCAACAAAGUAAAAUGUGCGUACAGUCUUUGAGAAGUAAGAAAUGGUUCAAAUUAAAUUACUAGACUGCUCUUGAAAAUCAACAUUUUUGUAGUGUUUGC